ACAUCCUUUAUUUUAGGUAGGGUGAGCAGAGAGAGACUGGGCAGUUGCUUAAACGGAACGUUAUGAACUCCUUCUUUCUUUCUUUUUUUUUUUUUUUUUUUUGGUCCGAACCCAGGGCCUUGUGCUUCCUAGGUAAGCGCUCUACCACUGAGCUAAAUCCCCAGCCCCGAACUCCUUCUUUCAUUCCUUAAUCCUUUAGGAAACACUUCCAACAGCAAUGUACAUAGACCUGAAGGCCAAAGGGAACUAUUUUAGCAAACUAUCACCAGAACUGAAUCUCAAGAUUAGGUUAAAGGAUCUGCUCCUGGCCUUCUCUGAAUAUUCUGCUACUGACCUUCCCUUAAUUUUAGGCAUUGGGGGUGGGGCGUGAAGGGAGUAACUGCAAAUGAACUGUCGGAACCCCAGAAAGCUAGCUUUUAUGCGUUUUCAACAAAUGAACUACCUAUCACGACCACCUGUAGGUGUUGGGUUUUUGGAUGCUAAAAUAAUCUUUUCUGAACAGUCAUGAGGCUGGGGCAAGUGAGUGAGAAAAUUUCGUAUGCGACAACUGAACUAAAUAAACAAAUAAAUAAAUAGCAACGUUUCCUAGUCUUUGCCCACUGUGGGUUAUUUAUUUUACCCCUGGACUGGCUUAGUACCUGGCCCCCAGCACCCUCAUUACAACAUCAGCCCAAUCCAGCAGGCGUUGUCGGCCACUUAAUAUCCCGGAACCUUGCAUGCAGAGGUUCCUAAGGCUGCGCGCGCAGGGAAGCUUUUGGGUGCUGCACCGCCCUACGCUUUGCCCUUCAGCCCGGAGCUCGGAAGAGGAGGGUAGCUAGGUCGCGGGGUUUGUAGUCGUGGUUUUUCUUAUAGUUGGAGUCGAGGUCAGACCUCACGUGGAACCCGCAUCAAUAUGAUGAACGGCCGGCCGGGCCAUGAGCCCUUAAGAUUCUUGCCGGAUGAGGCCCGGAGACUGCCCCCGCCCAAGCUGAACGACCCGCGGCUUGUCUACAUCGGCUUCCUGGGCUACUGCACGGGCCUGAUGGACAACAUGAUGCGAAUGAGACCUGUGAUGAAAGCAGGUGAGGGCUGCGAGGCCGUCCUACCCGGAGGAGGAGCUACAGGGUUGUCUACUAAGGUUUGCAUCGCCAGCUUCUGUAUGUUACUUCCUUUUUCUUUGCUGGAUAUUUUUAUUUAAAACGUCAAAACUAUCUGUAUGCUGUGAGGGACCAUGACAUGUUCGGGUAUAUAAAAUUACAUCCAGAAGAUUUUCCUGAGAAAG